GCUUUCAGCCAAUGAUUUUGGCUGUAUACCCACUGAUCGGUUGCGGCCAAUCACAGCACAGAGCUCUGUGUAUACAAACACACAGAACUCUGUGUACACAGAACAACGAUCUGACUGUUUCUUCUCCAUGAAAAGUAGGGAGAAAAAUCAGCCAGACCUUUGAGUAAAAGCAGCACACAUUAUACUUGACAGGCUGAUCGCCCCACAUGUUAACCCCUUCCUGCCCAGUGCCAUUAGUACAGUGUCAGUGCUUUUUAUUAGCACUGAUCACUGUAUUGGUGUCACUGGGGAUGUCAGUGACACCAAGUCAGUUGCCCCCAGUAUCAGAAUGUCCCUCGCAGUCACGCUAUAAGUCACUG